AUGGAUUUCAUAUCAAGUAUCAAGACCGCUGUCGCUAAUGCAGUAAACAAUGCGAGUGCUGCGGCCUCAUCCCAAAGUGUUGAUGCACGUCUCGCCGCACGCGACUUGUUCACCUAUACGGCGCUACCUCUACGGAGUGCGCGGUCAAUCCGUUUGCUGGAGCUCCAUCCGGGUGCAGGCGACAUCGUGUGCUCGUUGCAUACAGUCGAUCUAGAUACAGCACCGCCAUACGACGCGCUCUCGUAUACAUGGGGUGACGCUCGGCCUCCGCUGCUGCAGAGUGUAGCUCCUCAGCUUUACAGUCGGCGGUUUCCGAUCAGCUGCAACGGAUGCUUGCUCGAAGUGACCGCCAAUCUGUAUCAUGCGUUGCAGAGACUGGUUGCCAUAGAUCGUGCCCGGCCCAGAUGGGAGAAUAUCUAUCUGCAGAGACUCAUUUGGAUCGAUGCCAUUUGUAUCAAUCAGGAAGAUGACGCAGAGAAGAGCACGCAGGUUGCCAUGAUGGAGGAUAUCUACAAAAGAGCCAGCUUGGUGGUCUGUUGGCUUGGUCAAGAAGACCGAUACACGGAGCCCGCAUUGCGCCUUGCCAAUUAUCUAGCUCAGAUCCCCAGUGAAAACUACGGGCAGUACAGCGGGCUUGGGCUGAACCAUUCCGGCAUACCUUCCAAUGAUUGGGAGGCUCUGGUUGCCUUGUUUCGACGGCCUUGUUUUAGGCGCGCGUGGAUAACACAAGAGAUCGUAUUGGCUCAGAAGCUGCUCCUGUUGUGUGGCUCCUUUGAGAUCUCUUGGUCCAUGCUAGUCAAGUGCUCAGAAUUUGUCUGCCAGACGCAAACCUGGCGGCAUCUGUUCGUCAUGUCAAGUCGGUUCUCCAGCAUCCAAGACUACAUCAGUCGCCGCGAAUUGAGGCCUGUAGGGGUUUCUGUGCAAGGACUGGCACAUAUUGAAAAACAACUUCCUAAGGGAAAGAAUCCGUCCAUCAUGGUCCUGAUGAUGGGCCGAGGUACAGAUGCUAGUAACCCGAGAGACAACGUGUAUGCCCUGCUUGGCCUGACCAAGGAGAUGAUCAAAACGCGCCAACCAUCGACAGAGAGAUCCGAUCCGUUGGGCCGACUCACCUUAAGCCAGCUUCCCGUACCGGAUUAUAAAAAGCCGGUGGAGCGCGUGUACUCUGACUUCGCAAAGUGCGUGCUUGAGUGCACUCAAAACCUUCUCCUGCUGUCGCUGGUUGAAGAUCGGUCAGACCGCCGGAGUGCUGGACUUGCAAAUAGCCUGCCGUCUUGGGUGCCGGAUCUAAGUGUUCCACUGCUACCCAUGCCCCUAGCAAUAGAGGGUAACGCAGCACGCUGGGAUGCCGCAGGUCCUGGCAGCGCAGGCCAAGGCAUCGCGCUCGAUAAAAGAUACCUUCUCGUCAAUGGAGCAUACUUCGACACCAUCGCUGGCGUUGGAGAUCCGUUCCACGAGCUUGAAUCAAGUCACAACUGGCUCAGUAUCCUGAAUCUCGUCCGACCGCUCAUUAGCCUUCCGUAUCCCACUUCUGGAGGCUGCUAUGCGGAGGCGCUGUGGCGAAGCAUCAUUGCGGACUUAGACAAAAGGCGCAUCGAUGGUGAUCGACGUCAGAGCCCUGCUGAUCCAACUCUCGGACAAGCUUUCGGCGAGUGGCUGGUCAGCAAGCUCAUACAAUUGCGCUUUGCUGCACUCGACAAGUUUGGCGCGCAGUCCUACUUCUCCAUGAACUGGAAACUUGUGCAAGAAACGUGGAACCAGUUUCUCGAUGACCCAAGCGCGCUGAGGACAGACAUGGAAACCUACAAAAAGAGUGCAACUGAGAGACAUGAACAUCAUCGGACCGUAAAAGAGAAAUUCGACGCUACAUGGCAGCGCAAGGAAGAGUUCGCGGGGCUAUAUCGCGCGAUCUUCGCUGCACUCACCGAUCUUUCGCAAGCGGAUCCUAGCGGUACUAUCUUACCACCAGAGAACGUCCUCCGUAUUCUCAUAGCCCCUGAUAGUCGAGAGAAGGAAGAAGCUUUCGCUCGAAUUGAGACCUUUACAGCUACUACGAAAGGAAUUACUAGCGCGAGACGUCUCUUCCUUACCAGAUCUGGAUACCUCGGUAUUACGGCAGAAGCCGCCCAGGUCAAUGAUCAAAUAUGGAUUUUGCCCGGUACAAGCGUGCCCUUCACCUUGCGACCUGGACAAAGUAACGGUCGUUUCCAGGUGGUAGGAGAGGCGUAUGUGUAUGGGUUGAUGCGCGGGGAGGCCGCUGCUGCGGGUGGAUUGCAGUUUCAGGAUAUUGAGCUCGAGUAG